AUGUUGUCCACACUCAGAGUUGCCGGCCGUAAGGCUGCCUCGCGUGACGCUGGCAUGCGCGCCGUUGUUGUUGCCGCCAGAAAUGCCUCGGCCUGGUCCAAUGUUCCCCAGGGCCCUCCGGAUGCUAUCCUGGGUAUCACCGAGGCCUUUAAGGCCGACUCAUUCAAGGAGAAGAUCAACUUGGGUGUGGGUGCUUACCGGGAUGACAAGGGCAAGCCGUACGUCCUGCCCUCCGUUCGUGCCGCCGAGGACAAGGUGGUCGCUUCGCGGUUCGACAAGGAGUAUGCUGGCAUCACUGGUAUCCCGUCCUUCACUAGCGCGGCCGCCGAGCUGGCGUACGGAAAGGACUCCGAAGUCAUCAAGGACAACCGUCUCGUCAUCACGCAGAGUAUCUCCGGUACUGGUGCUCUGAGAAUUGGCGGUGCCUUCCUGCAGCGCUUCUACCCCCAUGCGAAGAAGAUCUACCUUCCCACUCCCAGCUGGGCCAACCACAACGCUGUUUUCAAGGACUCUGGCCUGGAGGUUGAGAAGUACCGCUAUUAUAACAAGGAUACCAUCGGUCUCGACUUCGAUGGUCUUAUUGCCGAUAUCAAGGCCGCUCCGGAGAACAGUAUCAUCCUUCUUCACGCAUGCGCCCACAACCCUACUGGUGUGGACCCGACCGAGGAGCAGUGGCGCCAGAUUAGCGACGUGAUGAAGCAGAAGGGUCACUUUGCCUUCUUUGACAUGGCCUACCAGGGCUUUGCCAGCGGUAAUGCUGACCGUGAUGCCUUCGCGCCCCGUCACUUUGUGAAGGAGGGUCACAACAUUGCUCUGUGCCAGAGCUUCGCCAAGAACAUGGGUCUCUAUGGUGAGCGUGUUGGUGCUUUCUCCCUUGUCUGUGAAUCUGCCGAGGAGAAGAAGCGCGUGGAGUCGCAGGUCAAAAUCCUUAUCCGCCCCUUCUACUCCAACCCUCCCAUUCAUGGUGCCCGGGUCGCUUCGACCAUCAUGAAUGACCCGGAUCUCAACGAGCAGUGGCUGGGUGAGGUCAAAGGUAUGGCUGACCGCAUCAUUGAGAUGCGUUCUCUGCUCCGGAAGAACCUGGAGCAGCUGGGUAGCAAGCACAACUGGUCCCACAUCACUAGCCAGAUUGGCAUGUUCGCCUACACCGGUCUCAACGCGGAGCAGAUGGAUACUUUAGCUAAGGAGCACUCCGUCUAUGCUACCAAGGACGGUCGUAUCUCCGUCGCGGGUAUUACCACUGGCAACGUGAAGAGACUGGCGGAGUCUAUCUUCAAGGUAGUCGGCGCCGAAGAUAUUCUGCAGACGCGGAUCGCACAUCUCGCGCACCUGACGGGGCGGUCUUCAGCAGGCUUGGUGCACCAUCAAGUAAUCGAAAUUCAAUUCCAGCGACUCGCCCUGCAAGGCAUUGCGGAGAUUCUCGGAGUUCAGUCUCUCUCGUUCCGGAACGCCUGGUUAUUUUGUUUUGGCCAUCUGCAGAUCCGAAGAGAUGAGUAUAAAAUGAGGUUCUCCUUGAUGGAAGCUUCGAUCGACUUCGCUGAGACUUUUGAAGCCCUUCGCCACAUUGCGCCAAAGAACGCGAUGAAUAUCCAGGAAGACCUGAGCAGCAAAUACAAGCCAAGGGGGAUGUUGUAUGUAUCGAACAUCAUCCUUAGACACCGAGUGAACUCCUCUUCGAAUGGCUGGGAAGGUGUCGCUCGGUACAAGGUGAGGAAUUCCGAUAGGAUCUUCUAUAGCACGAUUUGUCUUCCUGAACUUGUUCUUCGCACUCUUCUUCGAACGAUCGCUCGCAGGAUCAAAAAGUACCAUAGUAACCGGGCACGUAUGGAAACAUACUCCCAGGCUCGACAAGAACACUGA